AUGCUGAAUAACAAGGAAGACAAGGACCAUGCUGGAACCUACGUUUGCAGCAUUCAUGCUUUUCCAACCGGAUCGCUGCAGAGAGAAACUGAACUCAGAUUAAAAGGUAAAAUUGAGUGCGACAUGAACAGCAGUAUUGUAAUCAAUUUGGGGGAAAAUGUGACCAUUCAAUGCUCUCAUGACACUGAAGUCGCAUACACAUGGACCAAGGUCAUCAAACACAUACAUAAUUAUUCCCUACAGGACGAGGUGGUGGUUUCAAACAGCUCGUCUCUGCACCUUCAGUCUGUGUCUGAAACCAGUGCUGGGAUUUACACGCUGACAGCUCACACAGGAAACAGGCGUCUGAAACAAGAGUUCAAGAUCAGCAUAUCUACAAACACCUCGGCCUCAUGGUCAGAUGCUCCAACUCUAUCUUUUGGGCACAACAGCAGCAGUCAGUCUGAGGCCAAUAGUUUCUCUCCACUCACUACAUUUGCAACAGAAAAUGUGCUAAAUGCAACAACAACAGCGUCUCCCAUCUUCCACAGUCCAACAGUGAACUUAGAGAACUUAGAGAUCACAUCGGCCUCCACCACUAACCAUACACACAACUCAGUCCCCAAUGAUCGCUACAAGUACAGAAAAUGA